AUGGACUGGAGGUAUGAGAUUCGCUGUCUGAUGACAGACAGUGAAGUUACCCCUGGUUCAUUGGUACAAGCCUUAAGACGAUCACUCAGGGGAGUGGCUCACCGCGUGUUAGUGACCAUGGGCGACAAGGCUACCCCUAGAGAGAUUUUAGCUAGACUUGAUGCUCUAUUUGGGGAUGUGUCCACUCAUGGAAUGAUUAUGCAAGAGUUUUUCAACUCAAAGCAAAGGUCUGAUGAGUCAGUAACCAACUUUGGUUGUAGGCUAGAGAGUCUGCUACAGACUGCAAUAGAUAACGGGUCAUUGCACAAGGCGGCCAAGAAUGACUUGUUAAGACACAAAUUCUGGACCUCGCUACACUCUGACAAACUAAAGAGUCAAACACGUCAUAAGUAUGACGUCAUUACAAGUUAUGAAGAAUUGUUGAGAGAAAUUAGAACUGUUGAAAAGGAAAUCAAUUUGGUUUCAGACACCAGUAGUUCAGUGGGUACGGCUCCACAUCAAAAAGAUAAAAAGAAGGGGCAAAGUAACGUUGUUACUGUGGAGGUUGACCAACAGCAGGUGAACACUGGGAGGGACUUAACCAAGGAAUUUGAUAAAAAAUUGAAGAUGUUAGAGGAGAAGCUUGUUUCUCAGAUUGACACCAAAUUUGAUAAAAUCCUUGAAAAGCUUGACAGUCAUAAGCCCCAUUGCAAUCAAAAGUCAUAUAAAGGUCAAGGUCAAGGCCAAGGUCAGGGUCAAAGUCCGGGUCAAGGCCGUAGGAAAAACAAUUAUAAAAAAUCGGGUCAAAAGUCAUACCAGAAAAAGAACCCAAACGAGUAA